UCGGGCUUGGUUUUUUUUCUCUCAAGUGAGCAUGGAUUCGCUGAGGUUUGCAACUGUGCUGUUGGUCAUGAUGACACAGUCUCUUUGCGCACUGGGAGGUCCGCUCGGCAGCCGGGACGAGGGCAGGGAGGUGUGGACCCUGGACAACUGGCGGGUCUACCCUCUAGCGAACGGGAUAACCAUCCGUCUGGCAGACCUCAUCAAACGCUCGAAAGCGCAGCAGUUCCAUGGCCUGAUGGGAAGGAGCUCGGGGGUAUCACAGCCAAUGACUCUGGACAGGAAAAGAAAUAAAGGGGAGAUGUUUGUAGGACUCAUGGGGAGAAGGAGUUUAGACGAAGAUAUGCAAGAGGAGUGGAAAUCCGACUCGUACUAAAGAUGCAAACGAGGAUAUAUACGCACAAUAAAUCACUUUCAGAAACAUCACCCCCCCCCCCCCCCCCCCCCCCAAUUCUGUGAUGCAUCAUUUGAAUUUUCCGCAUCAGUGAACCGACUGUACGUUGUCGAUCAGGAGGACAUUGUGUUCGCAAAUUCGACAGUAUGACUUGCGGCACACUGCAUCGCUAUCAUUACCAAGUAUACUGGACACGUUUGACUUGUUUUCCAUUGCACCUUAAUUAAAAGUCAUUUGUAAAAAAUGCCUUUAUUGCGUGUCCAUCGAGAUCUUACAAAAUCGUCUCAACUGCAUCCAGAAAGUCUUCACUGCACUCCACCUUGCACACAGCCUUAUUCCAAAAUGGAUGAACUUUUUGCCCUUCAAAUUCUACACACAACAGCCCAUAAUGAUGAGAUGUUUUUAUUUUAAAAUGUACUCCAAAAAAUAAAAAGAAAUAAAGAUGACUAAG